UCAGUAAUCAGCCCCAAAAAAGCUGGGAACUGAGGACACUUUUCUCUAACUUUCUUCGAAAACCUCAAAACCCCGAACUUAUCUUUUCCCCAAAUCUCAGUUUCCUCUAAUUCCCUUCAGAUCUGAACUCAAAAACCCUAAUCAUCCUUCGAUCUUACGAUUCGAUUCCUCAGCUGCCGUAACCGUUUAUUCUUCGGCUGCGGCGCAAUGUCGAGCUUCCACGUCGGCGGCAAGGUGGUUGACCGCGUCGAUUUGAUGCGGAAGAAACAACUGCCGUGGCGACUCGACGUUUGGCCCUUCGCUGUUCUCUACGGCGUAUGGCUCGCCUCGAUCCUCCCGAGCCUGGACUUCGUCGACGCCGCCAUCGUUUUCGGCGGCCUCGUUGCUCUCCAUAUCCUCGUUUGGCUUUUCACCGGUUGGUCCGUUGAUUUCAAGUGUUUUGCACAUUUCAGCAAGGUCAGAGAUAUUCACCAAGCUGAUUCUUGCAAGAUAACGCCGGCGAAGUUUUCCGGUUCCAAAGAGGUCGUGCCGCUCAGGUUUCGGAAAAUUCCUGCAGGUUCUUCAUCGGCGACGGAUCUGGAGGAGAUUUACUUUGAGUUUAGAAAACAGUGUUUUGUAUUUUCAAAUGAGAAGGGAACAUUUUGCAAACUUUCUUAUCCUACAAAGGAAACAUUUGGACAUUAUCUCAAGUGUAGUGGGCAUGGCUCUGAAGCUAAAAUCCUUGCUGCUACAGAGAAAUGGGGGCGGAAUGUAUUUGAUUAUCCUCAGCCAACCUUUCAGAAAUUGAUGAAAGAGCAUUGCAUGGAGCCUUUUUUUGUUUUUCAGGUUUUCUGUGUGGGUCUCUGGUGUUUGGAUGAAUAUUGGUAUUACAGUUUGUUCACUCUAUUUAUGCUGUUUAUGUUUGAAUCAACCAUGGCAAAGAGUCGGUUGAAGACUCUUACUGAGUUAAGGCGUGUUAGAGUGGAUAGUCAGAUCCUUAUGGUCCAUCGUGGUGGCAAGUGGGUUAAACUCUCUGGUACGGAUCUUUUGCCUGGGGAUGUUGUCUCUAUAGGACGCUCUUCUGGUCAGAAUGGCGAGGAGAAGUCUGUACCUGCAGACAUGCUUAUAUUGGCUGGAAAUGCAAUUGUGAAUGAAGCUAUUCUGACAGGCGAGUCUACUCCUCAAUGGAAGGUUUCAAUCACGGGAAGGGGAAACGAGGAGAAGUUGUCAAUAAGGCGAGAUAAAAGUCAUGUCUUAUUUGGUGGAACCAAAAUACUGCAGCACACUCCAGAUAAGACUUUCCCUCUGAAAACGCCUGAUGGUGGCUGCCUGGCUGUUGUGCUUAGAACGGGGUUCGAAACUAGUCAAGGAAAGUUGAUGCGAACAAUCUUAUUCUCCACAGAAAGGGUUACUGCCAAUAGCUGGGAAAGUGGACUGUUCAUCUUAUUCUUGGUUGUAUUUGCUCUGAUUGCUGCUGGUUAUGUGCUUAUCAAGGGAUUAGAGGAUCCCACAAGAAGCAAGUACAAACUUAUACUAAGUUGUUCACUUAUUGUUACUUCUGUGAUUCCGCCCGAGUUACCGAUGGAGUUAUCAAUUGCUGUAAAUACUUCCUUGAUUGCAUUGGCGCGACGUGGGAUUUUUUGCACAGAGCCUUUCCGAAUACCAUUUGCUGGGAAGGUUGAUAUAUGUUGUUUUGACAAGACUGGGACACUGACAUCUGAUGACAUGGAAUUUUCUGGAGUUGUUGGUUUGAAUGGAACCACGGAUUUGGAAUCUGACAUGAGUAGAGUGCCAGUGCGAACUGUGGAAAUCCUGGCUUCUUGCCAUGCUUUGGUAUUUGUUGAUAAUAAGCUGGUUGGUGAUCCUCUUGAGAAGGCUGCACUUAAGGGAAUUGAUUGGAGUUAUAAAUCUGAUGAGAAGGCUAUUCCAAAAAAGGGUAGUGGCCAACCUGUCCAAAUUGUUCAGCGGUACCAUUUUGCAUCUCACUUAAAACGAAUGGCUGUUAUUGUUCGCAUUCAGGAGGAGUUUUUUGCCUUUGUGAAGGGUGCCCCAGAAAUUAUUCAAGAUAGGCUCAUUGACGUACCACCAUCAUAUGUUGAAACCUACAAGAAGUAUACGCGUCAGGGGUCUCGUGUUCUUGCUUUGGCCUACAAGUCUCUUCCUGACAUGACAGUCAGUGAAGCUAGAGGCUUGGAUAGGGAUGGAGUAGAGAGUGGACUUACUUUUGCUGGUUUUGUGUUGGUAUCAAGUUAUUUUCAGGUAUUUAAUUGUCCUAUAAGGUCAGAUUCGGCCAUUGUUUUAUCCGAACUGAAAGGGUCUUCACAUGACUUGGUGAUGAUUACUGGUGACCAAGCUCUGACAGCUUGCCAUGUUGCCAGCCAAGUUCAUAUUAUAUCAAAACCUACAUUAAUCCUUGGCCCAGCAAGUGAUGGUGUGGGAUAUAAAUGGAUGUCCCCUGAUGAGACUGCAAAUAUUCCCUACAGCGAGAAAGAGGUUGAGUCUUUAUCGGAAACUCAUGAUCUGUGUGUUGGAGGUGAUUGCUUUGAAAUGUUGCAACAGUCAUCAGCUCAUCUUCGAGUUAUUCCUUAUGUGAAGGUGUUUGCUAGAGUUGCACCUGAACAGAAAGAACUUAUCCUGACCACUUACAAGACAGUGGGACGGAUAACUUUGAUGUGUGGGGAUGGAACCAAUGAUGUUGGGGCAUUGAAACAGGCCCAUGUAGGAGUUGCUCUUCUAAAUGUGAUGCCUCCAACUCAAAGUGGAAACUCCUCUAAAGAGUCAGCUGGGGAAGAAGGUUCAAAAUCUGUCAAAACGAAGAAAUCCAGGCCUGCACUAGAAGCGCCUGGAAAGAGUGGAGAAGGCACUUCAAAAGCCACAGUUGUUUCAAAAUCAGAUCCUAUCAACCGUCAUCAGGCAGCUGUUGAUAUGCAACGACAGAAGCUCAAGAAGAUGUUUGAAGAGCUUAACGAGGAAGAUGGCCGUGCCCCCGUUGUCAAGCUUGGUGAUGCGUCAAUGGCAUCCCCUUUCACUGCAAAGCAUGCAUCUGUUGCUCCCACCACUGACAUAAUUCGUCAAGGUCGGAGUACCCUGGUGACAACCCUCCAGAUGUUUAAAAUUUUGGGCCUCAACUGCCUUGCUACUGCAUACGUGUUGAGUGUCAUGUAUCUGGAUGGUGUCAAACUAGGUGAUGUGCAGGCCACAAUAAGUGGUGUCUUCACUGCUGCGUUUUUCCUCUUUAUCUCCCAUGCCCGCCCUCUUCCCACCCUCUCAGCUGAACGUCCCCACCCCAAUAUCUUCUGUGCUUAUGUUUUCCUUUCCCUUAUGGGGCAAUUUGCCAUUCACUUAUUAUUCUUGAUCUCAUCUGUGAAAGAGGCUGAAAAAUACAUGCCAGAUGAAUGCAUCGAACCAGAUGCAGAUUUUCAUCCCAACUUGGUCAACACUGUUUCAUACAUGGUCAGCAUGAUGCUUCAGGUUGCUACUUUUGCCGUGAACUACAUGGGCCAUCCCUUCAACCAGAGUAUCUCAGAAAACAAGCCGUUCCGGUACGCUCUUAUAGCAGCCGUAGGUUUCUUUACAGCGAUUACAUCUGAUCUCUUCAGGGACUUAAAUGACUGGUUGAAGUUGGUGCCACUGCCAGUGGGAUUGAGGGACAAACUAUUAAUAUGGGCACUUCUAAUGUUUUUGAUAUGCUACUCAUGGGAGAGACUAUUGAGAUGGGCCUUCCCUGGCAAGAUCCCUGCAUGGAAGAAGCGCCAAAGGCACGCGGUAUCUAACUUUGAAAAGAAAAAAGAGGUCUAAGUGGUGGAGAGAUGUGAUAAAAGAAUACGGUUACCAUGGGCAAUGCAGUGAUGGUUAGGUCAGAGACUUGAGCUAGUUAGGAGAAAUACUUGGCACGAUGAAUUUUGUUAGUCUCAUAGUUAUUUUCCCAUUUGAUGGACGGAGAGAUUAUCUAAUGUCAAAAUCAUUUUUGGGAGAAAGGUAUGGAUUUUAGAGCUCGUGCCCUCCCUAGUUAUCUCAGAUGUUUUGCUUAGUACAGGAGUUUUUUAUUGUUUAAAUGCUACUAUUCAUUUUACCAAACACAGGAACGAACUUAAACUAAUUUUCCUUUGCAACUUCUUACCAAGUUAAACGAGUUUAUUUGAAUA